AAUCUGAGCCUGUAUUAAAGAUUCUAUGAUAACAAAUGGUAGAAGUUCAUGAUUAUGGAGAGUUAAAGUGUUGCAAGCCAAAGCCAAAUUAUCUUGGGCUACAUUCAGUCUCUUUGAAAGUCAUUUGUGGCCUACCUGUGUUUGAUCUAACAUCCUUGUGAUGAUCAAAACUUUAAAAUGUAUUCCUAGCAGGACACUGGCUUCCACCAAUCUGAAACCAAAGAAUGCCAUCAGAUAACAUCUGAAAGGUAUUGCAGUUUCCCCCGAUUUUCUGUAAUCCACCUGCGGGCCCCGCCAGUGUAUUUGAUAAAUACUUUGAACAUGACUUUUUUGUUCCAUAGUGACCCUCAUAGAGCCACUUCGACAGCAUUCCAUGAUAUUUGGAGGACCGUGAGUUUGUGCUGUUGGGCUGUGACCCCAGAUAAACUCUCUCUUAUUCCCUCUGAAUGGAGAACAAUGGGUUUGUCUCAACAAUGGGAGGAAUUGAGAUGCCCCUCUAGGACACUGAAGCCUUCAGGACAAAUGUCAAGGAACUUCCAAUCUUCGAAGAAUGCGAGCUGAGGGAUUUUCUCUCAAGUUAAAACUCCAGCAGUCAGCAUUAGGAUUUAGCAGCAGAGGACCUUGGUUUGUCAGAGCUAAGGAAUGCAGCAACAGAAAUUUACUGCAAGAGGUUUUCUGGGGAGGCAGGUAUCCAGAAGCUGCCUCUGAGCAAGGGUAAAAGGGAAAAAAAAGAGGCCCAGAAGAGAAAGCACUGGCUUCUUAUAACGGGGUAUAGUGAGUGCAUCUGCAUAGGGCACCUGUGGAAGUGUGUCACAUUUUGGCUGCUGCUGCUGACAAAGGCACUGUUGCUGGGUUACUGAUGGUGGGGUAUAUGGGUAAGGUUUUCCAACCUGGGUGUGGAAAUCUCAUUUCUCUUGGGUUUUUCACAGCCAUGUUCUUACAUGCUACCAUUCAUUCAUCUCACAGAUAUUUAUUGACAGGGCAAAGAACAAAGCAGAUGAUGACCCCUGCCCUCGAACAGUAUAUAUUCUAGGUGGAAGUAGACAAUAUACAGGCUGAAUAAGUAAAAUACGUAGUGUGUUGGAUAAGUUCUAAGAAUUGCAAAUAAAGAGGCAAACCACAGAUGAAACAGUGGAUAGGAAUCAUUAGUAUUUUUUAAAGAAUGUGAUAUUAGCUUAGAUACUCAAGGAAAUGUAAGGAGGUUAUUAGUCCGUUUUCCAUCUCGAUAAUGAACACCAAAGAAAGAUUAGUUCAGCUCACAGUUUCGGAGAUUUCAGAAGGUAAUAGGUGGGCCCCAUUGCUUUGAACCCUAUAGCAAGAUAACAAAUUAUGGUAGGAGCCCACAGUAGGGUAAAACCACGCCCCUCGUGACUGGGGAUUGAAAGAGAGAAAAGGGUGGAGUCCCGCAGUCCAAUCUAGGGGCAUGCCGACGUACCUAGAUUUACUUACGGAUGGCUCUGCCUUUUAGAGGUUCCACCACCUCCCAAGAUUACCACCCUAGGGACCGAGCUAUUGCUAUGUGGGACUCUGAGGAGCACUCUGGAGAUCUGCCGGAGGAGGGAGGAGCGUUCCAAACGCAGGACCCUGGGGCUAGAGCCUUGGUGGCCUGUGUAAGGAGCAACUGGAGGCCAGAAUGGUGGGCGGAGCUGGAGGGGGCGGAGCGUGAAUAAGGAGAAGCUGAGGUCAGAAAGAUUAAGUAGGAGCCGGUGAGAAGAGUCCCAUGGCCGGAAGUUAGGAUGGUGACUGAAGGGAGGUCACCUAGCUUGUCAGGUCUCAGGAGCAUACUGUCGUGACCUGAUACUAACAAGGUACCUCUGACUGUUGUGUUAAAAGCACUCAGAAAGGACUCGGGGGCAGGAUUGGUGAGACCAGUAAGGAUGAUACUGUGACAGCCAAGAACCUGUCGAACAGAAAAUGAAGAGCAUUAUGUUGCCUGAAAGAACAGCCAACGGGACGUUGCUUUUGGACCUGAACAAGUUCUGCUUUGAUGAUGACAGCGAAGCUCCAAACAACAAAUUCAACUUUACCACGCCAUCUGGAGCGGGGAGCAGCCGCAGAUUUUCACAGCAUCCAGCUGGCUCUGGGAGAAUUGUGUUGACUGGUGAUCUAGACUAUGAAAAUCCAAGCAACCUUGCAGUUGGCAAUGUGUACAAUGUGAUGAUCCAAGUGCAGGAUGCUGCUCCUCCAUACUACAAAAAAAGCAUCUACAUCUCUAUCCUAACAAGGCCAGAAAAUGAAUUUCCUCUCAUCUUUGAAAGGCCAUCGUACGUGUUUGAUGUGCCAGAAAGAAGACCAGCUAGAACCCAGAUUGGGCAGGUGCGAGCUACCGAUGCAGACUUCCCCCGGACUCCAGUGGUGUAUUCCGUAUCCAGAGGAGGGUCCAGCCUCCAGUACCCAAACAUAUUUUGGAUUAACCCCAAGACAGGAGAACUCCAACUAAUAACUCAAGCAGACCAUGAAACCACUUCUGUCUACAUUCUCACCGUCGAGGCCACCAACGGCGAGGACAGGAGCUCAGUCACUGUUACUGUGAACAUCCUUGGAGAAAAUGAUGAAAAGCCAGUAUGUACUCCAAAUUUUUACUUCAUGGCCAUCCCAGUGGAUCUAAAAGUUGGCACAAACAUUCAGAAUUUCAAGCUGACGUGCACUGACCUUGAUUCUAGCCCCAGUUCUUUUCGAUACUCCAUUGGCUCAGGCAACAUCAACAAUCAUUUCACCUUCUCUCCCAAUGCCGGCUCCAACAUCACGCGCCUGCUGCUGGCUUCCCGCUUUGACUACAGCAGCCUCGAUACCGUCUGGGACUACCAGCUGCUUGUCCACAUUACUGAUGACAACUUGCUGUCUGGCAGCACAAAAGCCAAGGCUCUUGUUGAAACAGGGACAGUGACUCUGAGUGUUAAAGUCAUUCCUCACCCAACCACAACCAUCACAACUCCCAGGCCCAGGAUUACCUACCAGAUCCGCAGGGAAAACGUGUACUCCACAUCUGCAUGGUAUGUGCCGUUCAUCGUCACUCUGGGAUCCAUACUUCUUCUUGGCCUUCUGGGGUCCCUGAUGGUGCUGCUGUCCAAAGCAGUCUACAGACAUUGCUCCUCUACGACCAGGAGGGACAGGAAACCUCUGACAAAGAAAAGAGACACAAAAAGAAUGAAUAGAGAGGCCAUGGUGGAAUCUAUCCAGAUGAACUCUGUCUUUGAUGGAGAAGCCGUAGAUCCAGUGACCGGGGAAAUAUAUGAAUUCAACUCAAAAACUGGUGCCAGGAGGUGGAAAGGCCCAUUAACCCAGCUGCCGAAUUGGCCCGAGCCCAGUACCCAGCACAGAGGCACAGCUGGAGAAGCACCAGUCCCUAAACACACAGGGAGAUAACAGGCAUCUCCCAGAGGCAACCACUAUUCUCUUCAUCGUUAUAGAUUAGUUUUGCCUUGUAAAAACUCAUAAAAGUGGGAGACCAUCAUUCUGGGCUCACAGCGGUGAUCCAGUUCUUCUCUACCUGAUGCCCUUCUACGACUUUGCCCCAGUGGGAGGAGGCAGAGCCAUGGCAGGACACGGUCGCAGAGCUCUAAGAUGGUGGCUCCAGCAUCAAAGACUGAGCGGUCCCGUUGCCCUGCUUCCUUGAUGACUCUUGGGAUUGUCAGACCUUUUCAUUUUAGCUUUUCAAAUGAAGAUGACUCGUGGAAUGAAAUACAUUUGUUUUCAAAGCUGAAAUAAUAUCAGUCUGAAAUAAUACAACGCCUGC